CUGGACCCAGAAGACCCUGCCCCAGCCUGGACCCAGCACUGUAGCCAUGAUGGAAGAAGACAUAGGAGACACAGAGCAAUGGCGACAUGUGUUCCAGGAGCUAAUGCAAGAGGUGAAACCCUGGCACAAAUGGACCCUCAUACCAGACAAGAACCUUCUUCCCAACGUUUUGAAGCCAGGAUGGACGCAAUACCAGCAAAAGACCUUUGCUAGGUUCCACUGUCCUUCCUGCUCUCGAAGUUGGGCAUCUGGCCGAGUUCUGAUAGUCUUCCACAUGCGGUGGUGUGAGAAGAAGGCCAAGGGGUGGGUGAAGAUGAGGGUGUUUGCUCAGAGAUGUAAUCAGUGCCCCGAGCCUCCAUUUGCAACUCCAGAAGUCACUUGGGACAACAUCUCAAGGAUCUUGAACAACCUGCUCUUCCAAAUUCUGAAGAAGUGCUAUAAAGAAGGAUUUAAGCAAAUGGGUGAGAUUCCUUUGCUAGGGAACACCAGUCUCGAAGGGCCACAUGACAGCAGCAACUGUGAGGCCUGUCUCCUGGGCUUUUGUGCUCAGAAUGACUUAGGCCAAGCCUCAAAACCACCAGCACCCCCAUUAUCUCCUACCUCCUCGAAGUCAGCCAGGGAGCCCAAGGUCACUGUCACCUGUAGCAACAUUUCCUCCUCACGGCCCUCCUCUAAAGUACAGAUGCCCCAAGCAUCAAAAGUGAACCCCCAAGCCAGUAACCCUACCAAAAAUGACCCCAAAGUUAGCUGCACCUCAAAACCACCAGCACCCCCAUUAUCUCCUACCUCCUUAAAGUCAGCCAGGGAGCCUAAGGUCACUGUCACCUGUAGCAACAUUUCCUCCUCGCGGCCCUCCUCUAAAGUACAGAUGCCCCAAGCAUCAAAAGUGAACCCCCAAGCCAGUAACCCUACCAAAAAUGACCCCAAAGUUAGCUGCACCUCAAAACCACCAGCACCCCCAUUAUCUCCUACCUCCUUAAAGUCAGCCAGGGAGCCUAAGGUCACUGUCACCUGUAGCAACAUUUCCUCCUCGCGGCCCUCCUCUAAAGUACAGAUGCCCCAAGCAUCAAAAGUGAACCCCCAAACCAGUAAUCCUACCAAAAAUGACCCCAAGAUUAGCUGUACCUCAAAACCAUCAACUACUCCAAGACUGACAAUACAACAGCUGUCAGUAGUAAGCCCACCUGCCCCUGCCCCUACAUGUGUCAUUCAAAUGCCUUCUCCCACUCCCAUCGACGGCAGCAGAGCAGCAGAUGUAGCAAAGGAGAACACCAGAUCCAAGACCCCAAAGGCAUUGCUCUCAUCCCCUUUAUACGUCCCACCCACUUCCUCCUAUGUCCCACCCACUUCCUCCUAUGUCCCACCCACUUCCUCCUAUGUCCCGCCCACUUCCUCUUAUGUCCCACCCACUUCCUCCUCAGUUAUUGUGCCCAUUUCCUCCUCGUGGAGACUACCAGAAAACACUAUUUGCCAAGUAGAGAGAAACAGUCAUAUCCACCCGCAAAGCCAGUCUUCCUGCUGUGGGGCCUGCUGCGAGUCCUGGUGUGAGAUCUUCAGGUACUCAUGCUGUGAGGCCGCCUGUAAUUGCAUGUCACAGAGUCCACUGUGUUGCUUGGCCUUUCUAAUCUUGUUCUUAUUGCUGUGGUAUUUAUUAUAAAAUACAAUAUAUGAGCCUUGAAAACAAAAACCAAAAGCUCUUGAGUGGGUAAACAAAAAGAAUUACAACUUCCCCAAAAAGUCACACAUUGCGUAAUCCCCUUUAUGUGAAAGGUCAAUAAAAUCAGUAGAGUCCAGAGGUGGCUACCAGGACUGGAGCAAGGGGAAAGUAUAAAAGCCACGGUUUAAGCAAUGUGACCUUUGUGGAGAAGAGCAAUGAAGAUAUUUGGGGAUUUGGUGGAAAUGGUAGCAGCUUCUCAUUAAAAGCCGCUGAGUUUUCUAUCUUCAGAUGGUUAGUCUCCUCAGACUGGAGAGACGGCUCAGCGGUUAAGAGCACCAGGUGUGUUGGGAGCCAUUAAGACAACACAGUUGUCCUGAUCUCUGAAUUGGGCCUUUCUCCCCACCCCCCGAGAAGAAAAGGGGGUCAAAAGCGGGCCACCGACACACUGAUUCUGAGAACAACCACAGAAUGUUCCAGCCCUAAGUCAUCGCCGAUGUCCUGACCACACCCUAAUACCACCAAGUUCCUGCUUCCCUGUGUAGCAGCCAAAAGAAAAAAUUUCUAUUGCCCCCCCUCCCACUGAUAAGUAUCUGUACUUCCCCUUUUGCUUGUGCAUUUAAACCUUGGGCCUGGCUAAUACAUUGGGGCCUUGAUGCAACUCAGAACGUUUCCUUGUCGUUAUUCGCACAAGGUUCUCGUCUCUCUUUUCCCCCCAUUUGGUUCUUAGGAGAAGGUCCCCUCGAGACCCUCGAAUAACUGGACCUGCUGGACAGGUCACAGGUGCUGCUCCAGAAAUCCUGAGUUCAAUUCCCCACAACUACAUGGUGGCUCACAACAUCAUCUAUAAUGGCAUCUGAUGCUCUCUUCUGUCAUGCAGGCAUAUGUGCAAAUAAAACGUUCUAAAAUACAUCAAUAAACAAACUUUUAAAAAAAUGA